GCUGCAGAUCCGAUGCACGGACACUGCAUAAAAUAACUCUUCUCGACUCUCUUCCUUUGCUCCCCUUAUCACUCCAUCACUUCAUCACUCCAUUGUCACCGCCUUUCCUCCGCUUCCUUCCAUCCACCUCCCCAUAAUGACCUCUCGCUCCGCAACCCCCCAACGACCCACCACCAUUGUCGCUGCCAAAGACUGGACCCCGACCUCGUGGCAAUCCAAGCCCAUCAAACAGGAUGUCGACUACCCUGAUCAGGCUCACCUGGGCAGGGUCCUCGAGAAAAUCGGACGACUCCCUCCCAUGGUUGUCCCUGGUGAGAUCCACCGCCUUCGCAAGCAAUUGGCCGACGUAGCGUUGGGAAAGGCUUUCCUGCUGCAAGGAGGCGACUGUGCUGAGCUCUUUGACUAUUGUGCCCAGAGCCCUAUUGAGUCAAAGCUGAAGGUGCUGCUCCAAAUGUCGCUCGUAUUGGUCUGGGGCGCGCGCAUGCCUGUCGUCCGCAUCGCUCGCAUGGCUGGUCAGUAUGCCAAGCCCCGCUCAAAGCCUACAGAGAUGCAUGAGGGCGAGGAGAUCCUGAGUUACCGCGGCGACAAUGUUAACGGAUACGAUCCUGCAGACCGUACUCCCGACCCAGAACGUCUUCUCGGGGCUUACUUUCACUCUGCUGCGACCUUGAACUAUGUUCGAUCUAUUCUUGCUGAGGGUUUCGCCGAUCUCCACCAUCCCUCCAACUGGAAUCUCCAUCACGUUAAGUCCUCGGCGCUUCGUCAGGAAUACCAAAGCAUUGUCGACAGGUUGACAGAUGCCUUAGAUUUCAUGAAGACCAUCGGUGCUGACCCCAAUGCAGGUCUUCAAUCAGGCGCGCCUGCCAGCACCCUCAACACUGUCGAUAUCUUUGCUUCGCACGAAGGUCUCUUGUUGGAGUAUGAGCAGGCACUGACUCGUCUCCUGACUGACCCUGCUAACCCAGCACAGCUAAAGUACUACAACGUCGGAACUCAUUUCAUCUGGAUUGGAGAUCGCACAAGACAGCUCGACGGUGCCCAUGUUGAAUAUUUCCGUGGAAUCGAGAACCCCAUCGGAGUUAAGUGCGGUCCCAGCAUGAAGCCAGAGGAGCUGGUCGAGCUUUUGGAUAUCUUGGAUGCAGACAAGCAACCUGGAAAGGUGACCCUCAUCACCCGAUACGGCGUUGACCAGGUGGACAAGUACUUACCGGGCCAUAUCAAGGCUGUCCAGGAAUCUGGACAUGUUGUCGUUUGGGCCUGUGAUCCUAUGCACGGAAACACCAAACAAUCUGUGUCUGGAGUCAAGACAAGACACCUGCUCGACAUCACCAAGGAAUUGUCGCAGGCGAUCCGAAUCCAUAAGCAACUUGGAUCGCACCUCGGAGGUGUCCAUUUCGAGCUGACUGGAGACCGUGUUACAGAGUGCGUUGGUGGAUCGAUGGAACUUUUGGAUGCAGAGCUGCUGGACCGCUACGAGACGCACUGCGAUCCUCGUCUCAACUAUGAGCAGGCUCUAGAUAUGGCGUUUUUGAUUGCCAAAUACCAAGAGAAGCAACGCGGCUUCAGCGGCGUCAUGUCGCUGUAAAGUCGAUGCUAAAUGUUCGUCUGGUCAAUAUAGAUACAGCUUCGCCGGAAAAUAAAGUUAUUCUCGAUCGACUUUUGACUGCUCUCGAAACCGUACAUAUUACGCUUAUUUGGCAGCGUCGGACCUACC